GUCCUUCCCACCCGUGCCCAACUCACGCAAGGCGGCAUUGGGCGCUAUCUCCGCGAUUCCAUGGCAAAGUACUUAAUGCCCAUUUGAGGCGAGGCACUCACAGUUUCUCCUAUAUGGUCACAUCGUCAUGGCAGUACCGAGAUUGCGAGUGAAGACAGGUUGCCAGACUUGCAGAACACGCAAGAAGAAAUGCGACGAGGCACGACCUACAUGCCAGCGCUGCAAGGCUCUGGGUUGGCGCUGCACAUGGCCGACCUCAGAGGAACUCGUGGAUCGAAGGCAAAAGUCGGCUCCGCGUCGCAAGUCCCAUCCAGCCAUCAAAGACGAACCGAGUCCAGAGGAACAACAGCAAUGGGAUUGGGAAGAAGGUCAACUGUCUUUAACGUCUUCGCCAACGUCAUUUGAGGAAUUGGCUCAAGAUAUCAAGCCCAUGCUUUUCGAUCAUUUCAAUGACAAGUACUUCCAACUUAUCCUAUUGCCCAGCUGUCAUCCAGAGUACUCCUAUGUGACGUUCAACGAAAUUGCAACACAGUUGCCAGAUUGUCGAGGACUUCAGUACACAGUCCUGGCAAACGCCGCGUCACAUCUAUACUCGAUCGGUAAAUCUGGAUCAAUGAAGGAGCUCGCUCUCAUAUACUACUCACAAGCCCUGCGAGACCUCCACCAACUUCUUGAAACUGCCGCAGAGCUGGAGACAGACAAUGGUUUGUUGAUGUCGGUGAUAUUACUGUACACACUCGGGUCCACAAGCAUAGGAACCUACAGCGACGUCCCGCGCCAUCUCGGCGCCGCCGUCAAGAUUGUGACUUUGCGCAUGUUCCAGGCUCGCGCGGCCAUCCGGCCGACGGUUCUCCCGGCCUUCGAUCGGCUGCUCCUCGAAAGUGUACUCAACGCCAUGUUCACCGUGAGUUUAGGUCUGUGGUCUGAGCCAUUCGACUCGGACGACGCAUUCCAGCCGAGCUUUUGGCUCCAUGCAGAACGCCUGCUUAACCAUUCGGAUCUUUCUCCUCCCCCACCGACUGGUCUCAGGAAUCCUGUCGUUGGCAUUCCUGUUGCACUUUUGAAACUCUUCCUCCUUAUCAGACAGCUCCUAUCUGAUCUGAAUGGGACAGACAUCGACACAAUCAGGGACUUGAAGCUCGAAGUGGCUUCGUGGGAAUCAUCAAUCGAUUAUUGCUCUGCUGUCGACCACGCUAAUAAUGACGAUGGCGAAUUAGGCACGCCUCACCUUCAAAUGGCUCAGGACGCAGCGUCCCUGUUCAUCGUCUGUAUAUCUGUGCUUACGGAGCAGUUGUUGUUAGGCGAUUCAAAUAUCAACAUACCUCUACCACAUGACCCGGAGAGCUGGCAGAUGCGGCUGGCUCGGUCGGUGAUGGAAAAAUACAGCGAAAACGCUAUUUGGGCUAGGUUUUUCAACAUUAACAUGGCGGUCUACACGCUCGGGUAUUUCGUGGCUCGCGACCACGAUAUCGAUCUGAUUCGACGAGACUUGCAACGGAGAUGGGACCACACUAAUUUUGGUCUCACUUUGCGAUAUCGCAAGGAUCUGGAAAUCACGUGGGCCUCACGAGGACUUGGGGGAUGAUGCUGAUGACGAUAAUGGGUACAGUCCGACAAAGUUCUGGGCACGACGCAAUUAUCAACGAAUGUCAAUGCAAAAAGAGAAGAUCGUUUUGAUAAACAGACAGGAUUUUAUUCCUCGUUGCCUCUAUUUAAUAGUGGUAUCAUACGCAUCUCUUCGUCACAUCAGGUAUACUCGUCGCAGGCUCAAAAGAAAACUUCGAAUAACGACAACAAAACCAAUCAUUAUAGGAUGGUUGGACUUUUAUUCCAUCAUCUACCACCAAUUUGACCUUUGGGCACAGGUCUGAUCCAGCUGACAGCGACGUUUAUGCCGAUGACCAUGAUACCGGCAAUCCAAAAGCUUUCGGCAUAGUUUGUGCCGUGGAAGCGGAAGAGGAUAGCGAAACAGAUACCCCCGAGAUUUCCAACGGCGCCGGUGAUACCGGAAACGAUACCGUUGGCAUGAGGGUGCACGUGGGGCACGAGAGCAAAGUUGGCGCCGUUGCCAGCUUCGAGGAAGACAGCCAUGCCGGCGAUCAAACCAAACAAGGUAGCUUCGUCGUGCGGAUCGGUCUUACCAAUGGCGACGAGGAAUGCUCCGCUGAUAAUUCCCACGGAGGAAAUCCAGGCCUUCUUGGCCCAUAGGUUUUUGGUGAGGUAGCGGUAGAUCAGGUCACCGACCAUGCCUCCUAGAGGACGAGUGACGACGUUCAGAAGACCAAACAUGGCAGCCCAUCGACCGGAGCCGGUUUGACCCAAGUGAGGGAAGUUCUUCAGGUAGUAGGCGCCGAGGUAGGAGUUGAUGGCCAGUUCACCGCCAAAAGAGCAGAAGUAGGUGGCUCCAUGGAAGAGAGUCUGCAAGGAGAAAACAACCUUCAAGCUUUCGCGCAAGGUGUGCUUCGCGGUUGUGAGCAAUCGGUGCAGUGGGCUUCUCGCCCUUUUCCUCAUCCAUUCUGGGGGUCGAGGAGCCAGAGUUGGGUUGCUGUUCAUCCAUGACGACUCCCUUGGCGUCGGUGGUGGUGGUAACGCCGUGGGCAGACAGCAGCUGGGCGGUGUGAAGAUGUCGUUCGCUCCAUUUGCCGGUGGGUGUGUCGGGGCAGAAGAAAAUCAUGGUGAGGGCGGUUGAGACAAUGAGGAUGAAUGGCACGAGGAAGGCAACUCGCCAUGCAACGUGAGGUGUGAGUCCUCGAUCAUGGACCAAAGCUGGAUGAUGGAUCA